GUCGCGUUCGUUUCUCUGUUCUCUUCUUUCGAUAAUCUCAAAACUUUCUGUUUGUGUUCUAAGCUUGACUGCGCAAAAAGUUUUGUCUCUGCUUUUUAUUAAAUAUUUCAAAUUGUUUUCCUCUCUAUUCACAUUGAUUGGAAAACAAAAGCUAUGUUUGGUGCAACGACGCUCGGCACCACGUCCGCUUUCGGACCAACCGCAACGGCACCAUCAAACCCAAUGAAGGAUUUUGAGGUUACAUCACCGCCGGAGGAUACGGUGUCCGCGAUGGAGUUCAGUCCGGCUACGCUGCAGCAAAACUUCCUGAUUGCCGGUAGUUGGGAUUGUAGCGUGCGCUGCUGGGAAGUGGAACAAAGCGGUAAAACCGUGGGAAAAUCCAUCAAAACUAUGGGUGGUCCUGUAUUGGAUGUUUGCUGGGCGGACGAUGGCAGUAAAGUGUUCGUAGCGUCCGCUGAUAAACAGGUUAAAUGUUGGGAUCUAGCAUCGGACCAGGUGGUACAAGUAGCCCAACAUGAUGCUCCGAUCAAGACUUGCCACUGGGUGAAGGGAACUAACUAUACAUGCUUGAUGACCGGUUCGUGGGACAAAAUGCUUAAAUUCUGGGACACUCGGACACCACAACCAAUGAUGUCAAUUCAGCUUCCGGAACGAUGCUACUGCGCCGACGUAGACUAUCCAAUGGCAGUGGUUGGUACUGCCGGACGACACGUUCUCAUCUAUUCAUUGGAAAACAAACCUACCCAGUACAAGCAACAGGAGAGUCCCCUGAAAUACCAACACCGAACUGUUUCGAUCUUUCGUGACAAGAAAAAGGCUCCGACAGGUUACGCGUUAGGAUCGAUCGAAGGACGUGUUGCAAUUCAGUAUGUAAAUCCGAUUAACCCGAAAGAUAAUUUUACUUUCAAAUGUCACCGCUCGAACGGUUCCAAUGGCUAUCAGGACAUUUAUGCAGUCAAUGAUAUCGCAUUCCAUCCAAUGCACGGUACUCUGGCCACCGUUGGCUCGGAUGGAACAUUCAGCUUCUGGGAUAAGGAUGCACGAACAAAACUCAAGUCAUCGGAAAUGAUGGACCAGUCAAUUACCAAAUGUUGCUUUAACGCAAACGGCCAGAUUUUUGCUUACACAGUGGGAUACGAUUGGUCCAAGGGACACGAGUAUAACAACCCUCAGAAGAAAACACAUAUUUUCUUGCGUUCCUGUUACGAGGAACUAAAGCCACGAGCCACCAGCUAAAUCGACAUCAAUAAAUCCAGAACAUUAUAGAUUUACAACGUUCAAA